AUGAAGCAGUCACCGUCCUUCUCCCAUUUCGCGCGCUUGCUUUUCGCUUUCCUCUUUCUGCUCUUCUCUCCGAGUUGUGCGUCUCUUCUUCCCUCCUCUCUCCCGCUCGGCAGGCUUCCGAGUGAGACACGGGUGUCUCUACACGCGGGCGCGAAGCACAAGUUUCACCGAAGCGCGCUCGCUUUUGCAGAUCCCUGUUUCUUGCCGUUUCUGGCUCCUCGCUCGGAAACCGUUUUCAGGCUCCCAAACGUCUCCACACUGCUGCGCGACACCCCAAAAAUGAGGCUCUCUGCAUGCAGUAGCCUUCCUCGUUCUCUCUCUUCUGCCUUUGUGGUUCCUCUCUCCUCUCUCUCUUCUCUCUCUUCUCUCUCUUCUCUCUUUCCUCUCUCUUCUCCUUCACCUCUUUCUUCUUGCUUUUCCAGAGCGCGUCUUUCGCGAGAAGUAGAUUGGAGCUGCUCUGUCCGGCGCGCAGGUCAGCGCGAUUCCUCAGAGCCCAGAAAUCAUGCAACGCCUCUGCAGAGCGUUCCUGUCUCUUCUCUCUCUCAUUCGCUCUGCUCUCCUUCUUUCGCGCGCGCCGGCAUCUCUUCGUUGCGAGCGACGGAAGGCUGUCGGAGAGCAGAGGAGGCGGCCGACCAAGAGCGAGAAGAGUCGAGUGCUUUCUUCUCCGCAGACGCACCUGCCUUGAGUUUUGAAGUUCUCCAAAGUCGCGCGAAGCCUGUGCGCGAAGACGCGCCUGCUCUCCUUGUCGUUCACGGCCUCCUUGGGAGCAGGCGCAACAUGAGGAGUUUUUCUGCUCUCUUGAAUUCCCCGAAGAUCGUUGCCGUCGACUUGCGGAACCACGGCGACUCUCCUUGGAGAGACCAAAUGCGAGUCUCAGAUCUCGGCCGCGAUCUCCUCUACAUGCUCCACUCCAAACCGGACCUCUUCUCUUCUUCUGCUCUCGCUUCUUCUUCCUCGCUUCUUUCUGCGCCUCGAGACGUUGUGCUCGUUGGCCACAGCUUGGGGGGUCUGGCGGCGAUGUACGCAGCGUUGCGCGCAGAGGAAGCCUCGCGCGGAAGAGACGCGCUCCCGCGAGUGAAAGGUCUCGUCGUUCUGGACGUCGCGCCGGUGGACUACUCAGGUUCUCGGCAGGCGCAGCAGCCGGUCAGUUCGCAGACGGUGGUGAAUCUGCUCUGCGACCUGCCGAUGAGUGCGUUCGAGGACCGGCGUCAGCUGGAGCGAACUUUGGGCGCAACCGAUCCACCCUUGCCGCGGGCAAUGAUUCAGUGGCUGAUGACUGCCGUGAGAGAGCGCCGGGAGAAGAAGCCUCUGGACGGCGGGAGCAUCGCCUGGCGAGCGGCAGGUCGGCCGUCGCGCACCGCCGACAAGACGCUGAAGAAAGACGAGAAAAUCAGGCUCGAGUGGCGAAUGAACCUCCUCGCCAUCAAGCAAAUGCUCAAGACCAAGCAACUCAGAUGGCCGAGCGAAGAGUUCGAUGCAGAGCGGAGGCGAAAAAGCCGCGUCUCGGGGUGUCGAGACACCGCAGCCGACGCUCCCGUCGACGCGGAAGGGGAACUGGGGAGAAGCACCGCGGCGGAAGGCGAGCAGAGAGCCGCGCAUGCGUUUGAGGGACCUGCGCUGUUUCUCCGAGGAUCGAACUCGCAGUACGUCGACGUAAAGCGCGACUGGGAUACGAUUUUGCGGUACUUUCCGAACGCUGAGCACAGAACGGUGCAGAACGCCGGACACUGGCUUCAUGCAGAGCAGCCUGUACAGACAGCGGAACUCAUCAACCAGUUCCUGGCGAAAGUGUGA